UGGAAAGUAAUGAAAGAAAGACUAAAGUCAAAUCUAUGAGCUUUGAUUUGAAUUUGAGGUUAGGUUGAAUUUAUUAAUGGAAAUUGAAGAUGUUGCUGCUAAUAACUUUACUCUCUACUGGGAAGCAUGUGACAGGAUAUUGUUCGUCAAGGAAAGACUUGAGAGUUUUAUACAAGUUUUAUCAUCACCAUACACAGGCUACAGCACCUGUGACCCAAUUUUCUGCUGUUGGCCAAAAGCAGAAAUAUCUCAAAUUUGACCAGCCAGUGUUCAAAUAUGCAGCUCAUCAUGGAAAUAAAAGUGCUUUGAGAGACAAGUAUGGGGAGUACAAGUAUGCUGGUCUUCUGUCUUCAAGUAUAAAGUUUGCUAAAGUAUUAAGUGAAGCCUUAGAAAGUAAAGCUGAUGAGAGGGUUGUGUUUUUGUGUCCAAACGAUGCAACAUUUAUUGUAACGCAAUGGGCUUGUUGGAUCAGUGGACAAACUGCUGUACCACUAAGUAGACACUUUCCUCAGCCAAUGAUGGAAUACUUUGUAAAUGAUUGUGAUGCCAAAUUGUUGGUAACAACUUCACAAUACUCCAAUACUAUGACUGAACUUGCUAAGAAAACCAACAAACAUCUCAUUGUACUCGAAGACAGUUUGAGAGCAGAAGCAAUGGCUCAUGAAAUUGAAAGUACAACAAGUAAUGAAAUAAAUGUUAGUGAUUCAUUACAAAUCCUGGAAGAAUCUACAAAAACCUUCAACAAUAACAGACCAGCCUUGAUACUUUACACUUCUGGUUCAACAGGCCCUCCCAAAGGUGUGAUCCUGUCUCAUCGUAACCUGCAGGCUCAAGUGUCCAGUCAGGUGGAGGCUUGGCAGUGGCAGCCCUCUGACGUGAUACUGCACAGUCUGCCCUUGCAUCACAUCCACGGAGUUGUCAAUGCACUGCUCACUCCACUCAUGGUGGGCGCUAAAUGCAUAAUGCAUCCUUUGUUCAACCCAAAGGAAGUUUGGAAUGAGUUUCUGUCGAGACGAGAAGAUACGAGUGACCGUGUCAGCAUCUUCAUGGGAGUACCCACAAUGUACAUCAAUCUGCUAAAUGAGUACGAUCAAUCCUUAACAAAAAAUGAAAGGAUGGUAGAAUAUGUAAAAGCUACCUGCUCUCAAAAAAUCAGAUUGAUGAUAAGCGGAUCAGCACCACUGCCUUCGCAAGUGUUCGACUGGUGGCACAUGGUCACUGGCCACUGCAUCCUAGAGCGAUAUGGCAUGACAGAGAUCGGCAUGGCACUGUCCAACCCACUCCACGGAGAGAGAAAGCCUGGGUUUGUGGGUUUACCAAUGCCCAGUGUGAGAGUACGGAUCGUGAAGCAGAAUGAACUGCCAGGUAGCAAGGAGGAAGUGCUGGCGGAAGGUGAUUGCAUGAAGACUCGCAACUUCUCUAACGACAGUUCUGUGUCUGGACUGCUACAGGUGAAGGGGGCGGGAGUGUUCAAACAGUAUUGGAACAAGCCAGAAGCCACAGCGUCUGAGUUUACAGAAGACGGUUGGUUCAGGACAGGUGAUAUAGUGGAGUUCGUAGACAACAGUUACCGAAUUCUGGGUCGCUUAUCUGUGGACAUCAUCAAGACAGGGGGCUACAAAGUGAGUGCACUACAGAUUGAAUAUGUGCUGCUCAACCAUCCGGACAUAGUGGACGUGGCUGUAGUUGGGUUGCCUGACAUCACUUGGGGGCAGAAGAUAGCAGCAGUUGUUCAAAUCAAAGAAAAAGCUUCCCUGGAACUGAGACAGGUUCAACAUUUCGUCAAGGAGAAACUACCAGUCUAUAUGAUGCCGAGUGUCUUGCGAGUAGUUGACAAGAUUCCCCGUAAUGCUCUUGGCAAAGUCAACAAGAAAGAUAUUGUAACCCAGUUGUUCCAGAGAACAACAUCAUAGGUGUAACCAAAACGAAAUGAGGAUUCUAAGACUGCCUAGGGGGUCUGGAAGUUAAAUCCCAGUUCAUCCUCAGAAAUGUUUUGAAAACUAGAAAGAAUUAUCAUUAUUUUGGCUAUUUGGAUGAUUUUUCACGUUUCUAUAAUCCUAAUAAAUCUGGUAAUAUUAUUUAUUUAUUACCAGCUCUGCCUUCAGGAUUCAGUCACAGGAUUCAGGCGGCGUAUCUUUUGCCUUACCAUCGUCACUUGUCAGGUAUUCUUACCACAAAUCUGACUUGACGUGAUUCCUCAUACUUUUAAGCUGCAUCUAUCUCAUGGUCUUCUGCUCCAUUUAAUUAAUGUUAUAAUAUUGUAUUACAUGUAACAUUUCUAAUCUCUGCAAGAGUAUCUACGUCAUGAAGACAACUAAAACAAUUGUGACUUUAAUAUAAAUAUUGUUAUGUAUUAGGACGCCACCACAACUCUUGAUGUGUUGUGAGUGAAUAAUAAAAGAAUAAAGUCAAUAUUUGGCAAUGUUAAAAAAACAUGAAAAAAUUUGUAAUUUUAUUAUUUUACAAACUUAAAUCAAACAGAUUUUGGCAUUAGGCCUUUGGUUUGGUGUUUAUUGUAUUUUAGGAUUUAUAAUAAUAAAAUGAGCAUGACUUAAUCUGUAUUAAUUAUUUAAAAUAUUAAGGUCAAAUAUUGAAAAAAUAACUGAAAAUCAAGUUUGCUUGAUUUAUAUGAAAAAAUGGAAUUAGAAGAAAAGUGUCACACAAUAUUUUUGUUUACAUCUUGAAGUGAUUUCAAAUUGACUUUAUCUGAAACAAUAUCUUAAACAAUUUUGGUUUUACAACUACUUAAACUUGUGAGGAUGAAUAGCACUGAGUGUUUUUGGCAGUGUGCUAAGCUUUUUUAUGAUUAUAACACUAUUUUAUUAGAAUACAGCUCAGCAUAAGGCACACAGUAACCUAGUUCCUCAAACAUUACUGAUAAUAAUCUUAAGUUACCAACACCAAAUGAUUGUUAUUCUUUAAAAACUAAAAAAAAAAAAUUUUAAUAGACAGAUGGUUUUGGUAUUAUUGAUGAAUCUAUGUAGUUAAGAUAUUUCUUCCUGUAGUUAAGUUAUAUGUACUUACCUGGAUGAAAAGUAAGACUGACUGAGAGUUUAUUGGAAUAGUUUUUUUUUGUAAAACCAAAAUAUACGUGUUUUAAUACAUGAUUGUUUUAAUAUAUAA